AUGGGUGAACCACACAAUGAAGCAAUAAGGCAACAGGGUAAUGUGGGUGCUGAUGGAGGUUUGAUGGUGUGUUUAGGUGUUUUUAUUAAAACUCCACAAGGCCGUUUUCAAAGCGUGGGACUUCAAUUUCUCGCUGUGGAUAUGAAUUUGGAUAAUAGCUCAAAGGGUAUGCAAGAGAAGCGUCGUAAGAAACUCUUCUGA